UCACAUCUUCAUACGCCACCUGUGAAAAAGCGUAGCAAGUAUCCAUGAUGUCCUUCAAUGAUGCCUGUUAGCUGUAGAUGCGACCCAUCAAAGGCGAGAUAUAUAUAGCUGCACCACAUCGAACGGCCAUAGCACCCACCCACGCACCCACGCUAUCUACGGAGUAUUAGCGGCUAGACCAUGGUGUCCUUCAAAGCGCGUCGCAGUGAGCCCGAGCUGGUGUCACCCGCGCGGCCGACGCCCCCGGAAACGAAGGCCCUCUCCGACCUGGACGACCAGCGGACGCUGCGGUACUACGAGACGGUCAUCGCCUUCUUCCGCAGCCGUCCCGACUGCGGCAACAGGCCAAAUGAUCCAGCAAAGGCCAUCAAGGCGGCAUUGGCGGAGGCACUGGUGUAUUACUAUCCCAUUGCCGGGCGGCUCAGGGAGGCUGCCGGAGGGAGGUUGGUGGUGGACUGCACGGCGGAAGGGGUUCUGUUUGUGGAGGCCGAUGCGGAUGUGGGGCUUGAGCAGUUCGGCAAGCCGUUGUUACCGCCGUAUCCGUGUGUAGAGGAGCUGCUGUGCGAUGCGGGUGAAACAAGAGCCGUGAUCGCCAAACCGCUAGUCCUCAUGCAGGUAACGCGGCUACGAUGCGGUGGAUUUGUUAUUGGAUUCCACAUGUGCCAUAAUAUAGCAGAUGGAUUCGGUAUGGUUCAAUUCGUUAGAUCCGUAGCUGAAUUGGCUCGUGGUGAAGCAGUUCCCACUAUUUUGCCAGUUUGGAAAAGAUAUCUCCUUACAGCACACAACACAUCUCUUAUGGCACAUUCGGACGUUGCAUAUAAACAACCAUCACCAAAUGACUUACAAUUCAAAUCUGACGACGUGAUGCUGUCAACUCCAAUCGAGGACAUGAUAGUCCAGUACUUCCUCUUUGGGCCAAGGGAGAUAGCAACUCUGCGAAGUCACAUAAGAGGAUACCUAACCAGUUGCGCUACAUCCUUUGAGCUGUUAACUGCAAUCAUGUGGCGAUGCCGCACAAUAGCUCUGGGUUAUGAGUCCAAUCAGUGGGUUCGCCUCAUGAUUACUAUGAAUGCACGUGGCAAGUGGAAUCGACAUACACCCAUCCCACGAGGUUACUAUGGCAACGCACACUUCUCUCCCAUAGUAGAGGCCACAGUUGCUGAGCUCUGCAGUCAGCCUCUCGCCCACACGGUUGAGCUUGUUCGCAAAACCAAGCUCAGCGUGACAAAGGAAUCCAUGAAGUCAAUGGUACAUACAAUUGCACUCACACGUCAGUGGCCACCUCCGAUGAUGGACAAAAUUUACGAGGUCUCUGAUACAAAAUGGAUUGCCACAAAUGUAAUGCGAUUUGGGUGGGCUGAGUUGGUGGGUGGUGGCAUACCACUGGCUGGGGACCUUACUUCAAAGUUAGGAAGCGACCACAUGAGGUGCAAAAACGAAGAUGAUGAGUACUCAACCAUUGUGUCAAUGCUUUUGCCGAAGCCCGCGAUGGAGAGGUUCAAAAACGAGAUGUCUGUCUGGUUGAAUAAGCACGAUGAGAAGAACUUAGUUAUAUUGAGUUCCCUCUAGGAGCCCGUGUUAACAAAUUAGAUGUAAUGAAAGAGAAAUCCUUGGCUCAAGAAUGCACAAUUUCUGAUAUACCCUUUUAACAUUCUUUUUCUUGGUUCCGAAUUUUCAAUAGGACUCCAUUUGAGUGUUCCUUCUGUUGGAGUAUGUCAAGCUCUCCAGCCAUAGCAACGGUUCCAGUGAUUGUGCAAAUGAUCUUGUAAUCUGCUAGAAUAGGCAACAUAGAAUAAUUUGUUUGUUCCCUUUUUGUUGUACCUUGUAUCACAAGCAGACCCUUGUACAAACCAUGCCGGGGCUAUUCCCGGCCAUAUAAACAUGGAACCAUGAACACUAAUGGGUGUCACGUCCACACCAUUUGUCA